AUGCGUUCAAUUAUUCAUACUGGCUUCCUUUACAUAGCAACUAUUUUAGCUUUCGUAACUGUUGCUUAUGCAUUUUCUACCGGUGCCGGUACAUGUAAUGCUGAUCAAGCAACUAUCGAAGCGGUAAAUAGUACUCCUAUGGGCAAGGAAGGUAACUUAGGCUACUCAGUUACUAUGUCACAGGAUAAUCAUUAUUAUGUUCCAGGUGGUCCUGGAAUACAAUUUACAAUUACUGGUACAAAUAUAACAACCUUUAAAGGGAUCUUAUUUUAUGGUGCUGAUACCUCUAAUAAUCAUGUUGGUCAAUGGACCGUUUCAUCUGGUUAUAAAUUAAUGGCAAACUGUCCCGGUGAUCCACAAGGAACUCUUACUCAUAACUCUGCUACAAACAAACCUGUUAACACCACAUUUAGUUGGACUCCUCCUACAAGUGAUGCCGGACCAAUCACUGUCUACUGCGUAAUCUGUGCUAGUUCCGAACAAGGUUUCCAAAUUAUACAAUCUUCUCAACCAUUUACAGUUAACGGAAGCACGUUUGUACCUCCAGCCUCGACCAACAACACUUCUGACACUUCUCCAUCUACGGCCGCUUCCAAAAAUUCGGUUACCGGUACUAAUUCUACUAGUACCCCCCACCCAACUGCUAUUAGUAAUGCCGAUUCUUUAAGAAUGUCAAAGUCUUCAUUUUUAAUACAAUUAGCUUUAUUUGUUCCUCUAAUAGUUUCAUUAUUGAAUAAAUUUUGA